AGCACGCAAAGUUCUGAAGAAAUAGAGUUAGAGACCAAUGACAAUGAAAAUACGACGCAGGGCGAGGGCUAUAUGACGAGAGCGCGUGCAGAACUAGCGGUCUAUAUUCUUAUCGCUGGUGUUCUCCCUGUCAUCGCCGCCUUUGGCAUCGCAGGAAACGUCAUGAGUGUGUGCGUACUCAUACGUCACGGACUAGACAAAAGCUACAACGUCAUGUUAGUGGCCCUAGCUUGUUCUGAUUCUUCGUUUUUGGCUUCCAUGUUUUUCUACGGCUUUGUCGCCGCUGCGGGGUUUCAAUAUCCUCGAAACAGAGGCUCGUUCCAUUUUGUGUUUUUCGAGGUGGUUCGUGUUCUCGACUACGGGGGAGGAUGGGUGUCCUUCUCGAUGCCAGUGUUCAUUACGUCAGAACGACUGUUAGCUGUUUUCUUUCCCCUCAGUUUGUCCAGAAUUGUUUCUCCUCGCAGGACUUCGGUGGCGGUCGUCUGCCUUUUCGUGUUUCUCUACGGAUUGAUGAUAUUUCUGACUGUACGAGAGAGUUUAGCCUACGAUUACAUCAGACAAUAUGGAGGUACAAACCAAAGCGAGGGACUCAUUGAAGCUGCUAUUUAUAGAAAUACUCUCGACGCCACGGAUGUUAUCAGAGAGUUUAGUAAAGUCGUUUACGGACCUUUUCCAAUCUGCUUCGUUUUUGGAAGCUGCAUCAUCCUCGCAAUAAAAAUCAAAAUGGCGAACCGGAAGCGCAGUCAGAUGACAGGGGGAGGUAACAAAGGAUCUGGCUCGUCUGCUCGAGUCACGGCGACACUUCUCGUUGUCUGUAUGGUCUACACGGUGUGCAGCUCCAUCGUGUUUCUGUGCCACUCUGACGUCAUCACGGCCUACUACGCCAAGGGUCCAGACGGGGAAAUGACCGGCGUUGUCCUCGGGGAGAUCGUUAACCUGUUCGGCGUCCUCAACUGCUCCGUCAACUUCGUCAUCUACGUGGUAAUGAACAAGAACUUCAGGGACACUUACGUCGCCAUGUUUAAUGCAUGCACCAAAAAAUAACAGUGUAUUCUUAUUUCUACCAGAAAGUUUUGUCCAGAAAAGAUUUUUCAAACAUCGUACAAAUAAUUCGGUGCCCUCUCCACCCCCUCCCCCUUCUGCAAAAAUUACAACCACCAAAAACAUUAAUUAUAAUAUGGCCUUUGACAGUGUAUAUACCAAAAACAUCGCAGCGGACCUUGACCCUCAACUAAAGGAACUGUCACACCGGUCCGGUGAAGAACCAUCAGGUAAACAAGAGAUAUCGUGGUAUACCUUCAACUGAACCGAUACCAAUAACCUUUUAUUACCAAUGGUUUGCCUGUGUAGAGGCUACUACAUGUGCAUCUAGUUUUUGUUGCGGUUUCAGCAAACAAAAUAUACUAUUGAUUAAUGCUUCACAAUCUUCCAGUUUUUUGUGUUUUUUUUUACUGCUA